GCCUAACAGGAGUUGCCAGACUGCUGCACUAAACAGCUGUUCGAAUUUCGGCGGCAUUUCAUUUCAUAAACAAUUGUAAUUAUUUUUAACAAAACAUGGGAAAAACUAAAGGAAAUGCCAAGAAAUUUGGCAUGCAUCCGCGGAAUGUGUUACGCCAACCGCCUGACUAUACCAAAUUGGCCAUUAAAUACAAGGAUUUUCGACAAGAGUGCGAAUUGGAACUCAAUGGCAAAGUCUCUGUGAAUUUUCGCAAUGAAAAGACCCUGCGAGAACUGACAAAAAUGCUGCUAAAAGAAUACUACGAUUUAAAUGUGGAUUUUGCACCUGGAAGUUUGGUGCCCACUUUGGCCCUGCGUUUAAAUUAUAUUUUAUGGCUAGAGGAUCUAAUGGAACCACUGAACUUAAAGGAUGUUAGGGGGAUAGAUAUAGGUUGCGGUUCUUCCUGUAUUUACUCCCUGCUGGGAGCCAAGAAAAAUGGCUGGCACAUGUUGGCCCUGGAAUCAAAACUUCAAAACAUCGAAUACGCCAGGGAAAAUGUGAAGAAAAACCAGCUUGAGAGCCUUAUAGAAGUCUAUGCCCAGCCAGAUAAGAUGAGCAUAUUCAAGAGCUACUUCGAGAAGGAUCAACAAGAGCUGCAGUACCACUUUUGCCUGUGUAAUCCACCGUUUUUCGAUUCCAACUUGCCAAAUCCCUUUGGCGGUAAUACCAGGAAUCCCGAAAGACGACCUGCACCGAAUAAUGCCCGAACUGGAAGCCAGGAGGAACUCACAUGCGCAGGUGGCGAGGUGCAGUUUGUGCAACGCAUCAUAGAUGAAAGUCUGGAGAACAAGCUGCGCGUUCGAAUCUUCACCACAAUGCUGGGCGUCAAGGCCAAUGUGCCAAGGAUACUGAACUACCUAAAGGAGCGGCAGGUGACAAGUGUCACCACCACGGAAUUUCACCAGGGACACACCACUCGCUGGGCGGUGGCCUGGAGCUACCAUGCAGAGCCUCUAAGCCAGGAGACAACUUGUAAUUAAGUUACACCUUAGCCUUUAUGGGUAAACUUUAUAUUUGGUUGUAGCUCUGUGCUUGAAUAGGUUUUUAUUUUCAGUAGAAGUCGUUUUAGUUUCGUAUUUUCAUUAAAAAUAGUGUAAAUCUUUGGUAAUAUCUUGCAAAGUUAAACAAAUGUACGUAGCUUACAUUACUUACACAAGUUUACUUCUUGUAGAGCCUAAUCGAGAAAGAAUAAGAGCAUCAAAUAGCUCGUCAAGUUUAUUUUAUCCAAAAAAGUAAAUCUCUUUACUUAAAUUCAACACCUGUCGCUUAAACAUCUUUAUUUAACCAACUAGUUUUUAAUCGUCCAAGGUUGUCUAAGUCUUAAAAUAGUUUAAAAGUGAAAAAAAAAUAUUUAAGACGUAUUAAAUAUUAAGAAAAUAUGAAUUCUAAGAAUGUUUAAGUGUAAGCUUCAACGCAGCACGUUGAACAAGGUUUUAAAAACGCGUAUAAUUAUUUUCAAUAUAACAAGUAAAACUCUAUCAGCUUUUGA